AUGGGUUCAAUCGAUUUGAGAACAACCGCAAUAACCUGGCAAGAGGUCGUUGCUGAGAAGCAGAAUGCAUCAAGAAAACUAGUGCCACAUGAGUGGCAGCUACCAGAUGCAAUCUGGAAGGAGUUGACUUUGCCCCUGGAGGCCAAUUCGACCAGGCUGAUCGACAAAGACAUUCCACGUCGAAGCGGUCUCCUGAAUAUACGAGAGUUGGAGAUCACGGAAGAUCACAGCACGGUUCAGUUGCUCUCGGCGUUGGCAAAGGGCACAUUUUCUUCUUAUGAAGUCACCACGGCGUUUUGCAAACGUGCGGCUAUUGCACAGCAGCUCACAAAUUGCCUUACUGAAACCUUCUACGAUGCUGCGUUGACACGAGCAAAAGAACUCGACGCUUAUCUUGCGUCGAAUGGGAAGACUGCCGGUCCGUUGCAUGGCCUUCCUAUCAGCCUCAAGGACAGCUUCAAGAUAAAGGGAUUGGACUCUAGCAUCGGCUUUGUCUCUUUGCUCAACAAACCCGCGGAGCAAAACUCUCCCCUCGUCGAUAUCCUGCUGAACCUUGGCGCAGUCCUAUAUGUGAAGACGAACAUACCACAAACAAUGAUGACAGCCGACUCGCACAACAACAUAUGGGGCCGAACGUUGAACCCUCACAACACGGCGUUGACCGCUGGAGGCAGUAGCGGAGGGGAGGGCUCUUUGAUCGCCUUUCGAGGGUCACCUCUUGGAAUUGGGACUGAUAUUGCGGGUUCCAUCCGUAUACCAUCUUUGUGCUGUGGGAUUUAUGGUUUUAAGCCCACUUCCGGUCGAAUUCCCUUUGGAGGACAACAGUCUCCUGCUCUAGAGGGAUUUGCCGCAAUAGCACCCGUUGCUGGCCCAAUGGCAAAUUCCUUUGCUGCUUUGCAAUCGCUCAGCGAAGCCAUUAUCUCUGCUCAUCCAGCACGACAUGAUUCGACAACUCUUGAUAUUCCUUGGCAAGUAUUACCUCCACUUGAUUCAUCGGUCAGACUCAAUAUUGGUGUGCUGUCCGCCGACUCUUCGCUUCCAUUAUAUCCACCGGUCAAGAGAACUCUCGAUAAAGCAAGCGCCGUUCUUUCGGAGAGCGGGCACAACCUGAUUCCCAUCGGCCCUGAGGCAUCUCACAUCGCCAGCCUCGCGGAACUGUCGAUGGGCUUGUUCACACUGGACAUCACAGACGGCAUCAAGUUUAUCACCAGUUCUGGAGAGCCUCUCGUGCCGUCAGUGGCGGCUGGUGCGGCUCCAUUUCGAGGGGAUAGUUUGGAAGAAUUCUGGGCCGAUUUCGAUAAAAUGGAUGUAUUCCAUAAGAUUGCUGCUCUAGGGAGGGAAAGGCACCGAAUAACUGAAGCAUGGAGGAAGCUGUGGAAUGAGCUGAAACUCGAUGCUGUCAUUUGUCCCGGAGCUCAACACACAGCUGUCAAGCAUGAUACUUUCCAGUAUCCGGCUUAUACCGUGUUCUUGAAUGUCUUGGAUUACCCUUCAUGCAUAAUUCCAUUCGGCAAGGCCAGCAAAGAGCUAGAUCCGAACACCAAGACUUAUGGUCGCGUAGGCUCCUAUGAUCCACAAGAGACAGAUCAAGCGCCAACAGCAAUUCAAGUCUUCACAUCCAAUAUGAAAGAUGAAACCUGUCUGCAGGUGGGAAAGCUCAUUGAUGAAAUUCUGAACGGGCCCGAAGCAUAG